AUGUACAAUAUUGAGUUGCCGAAGAGUAUAUUCUUGAUAAAAGAGAUUAGACAUUCGGAGGAAGUGGAGCAAAAAAAAAUAGUCGUGGUCCAGCAAAACAAGAAGAUGAAUGGAGGAGAAGCAAGAAAAAGCACAGGCAACUUCGUCGAAAUAUGCUCCAGUAUGCUCAUUUUGUGCGCAGUUAAAUCCCUCGCGUGCUACUUCUUGCGAUUGCCCAAAUUAUUUUUAUACGGCAACAUCAAUAUUCACCGGCUUCAAAACUUCUACUCAUCCCUUCUCAACAUCGAAUCAGUUUUUAACCGUCUACAAAGUUUAGAAAAUGCCAAUAUUCUCGUUGACAAGGGUGAUUUAGUUGGUUAUGAUCAGAUAGUAGCAUUCUCUUGUGAAUCUGUAAAACGUUUUUGUUUAAGUUCAAGAUUACAUAGCCUAAAUUUUUUACUGAAACAUGAAUAUUCCAACCAUAAAGAAGAUCGUUUACGGUUACAUCUUGUACGAGUUAUUGAAGAACGACACUAG